AUGGGUCGCACGGAGGUUCACGGUAGAUGGGUGUACGAGGUCGAGAGGGACCCUUCAGGCUCCUGUCAGUGGCACACCGUCUCACCUCUCGCUGCUGCUACGUCGCGGAAUGUUAACGACUCGCAGCAUAGUGUCCGUGCAAUGGUGGCUGUUACCAUUGUCGGCCUCGCCGUCGCCUUAUCAUCCUCGCAACCGUCCGUGGCAGUGCGAACAGCCAUGGGAGUUCUAGUAGCGGCUCUCGUGCUCAGACUCGUCCUGCGCCGACUCUUUUCACUAGGCGUCAAGCAUCAAGUGACGGUAAUGAUCGUGGAAGGCCUGGGAGUGCAGAUAGAGGUUGCACAGGUGACCACCACCACCCGUGGAAAAACACCCCACUCAUCCAACUCCUCUAGUCACAGCGGCAGCAGCAGCAAUGCCAGCAGCACUGCAAUGCCGGAUAGCCAACCACGGGUGGUGCAUCGGCAGCUAGUGCCACUAAACACCAUAGCAGCGGCGGUCAUAACUGAGAUCGUCACUCCCACCAGCUGCCACUUCGCCCUCGUGCUGCUCCUCGCUGACUCUGACCAACCUCUGCCUGUGUUUCGGCAUCUCAAGCCCCCUCUUCCAGUGCUAGUUGGCAUUCGAAGAGCCAUUGAAAGCUGCCUAACAGCCUGA